ACCUCAGCCUUUCUCUCCCACCUCCUGUCUGUCAUACCGCGGAUGUGCAGCCUCCACACGUUCCAGUCAACCGCGACACGCCGCCUCCUCCACAGCGGACACAGGAUCAACCUUGGAGGAAGGACGGACGCGUGCUUGGUGCAGGUAAACACAUGACUUCUUCCAGCGGCGGAGGGAGGACGGGGCAGAGCAGAGCAGCAGACACUCGGAGGAGAUCUACAGGAGACGUAAACAUUGCCAUGCCCUGCUUCAUGCACCACUUCCCUCGAUCCGCUCCCUGCUGCUGUGCUCCUGGACAGAGGGUUCUGUUCUGAGGGAUCCCAGCACAGCACAGCGGGAACAUCACGCUGCUUUCGAGGGUAAAUAUUUGGGUGAAGUUGUGUCCGGGAUAGGAGGAGGCUGUGACGUACCCCGUUCCGUUCUGUGGCUGUUCUGCAUCUUGACUUUGCUGCGUUCGUGCUUUGUGGCCAUGCUGCAGGCAGCAUCCUCCGACCUGUUCCCGACUUGAGCUGCACCGUCCGGGAAAAACAAGUUCCCCAAAGGCAGAAAACCACUGCAGCUGCUGGCUCAUGUUUUUACACCAUUGUUUUGUACUGUUGGAACAUCCUCUCUUUAUUGGAACUGAGCGCAAUGACAUUUGUUUACAAGCAGUUUGGAAUUUGCUCACAAUGCUUCACAUCUAACCUCCAAUCUGCAGAUUUCAGGAAGAUGUGAUCAGACAUUUGAAUGCACAGAAUAUCUCAGACUCUAUUCAAACCUGCGUCCGUAUGAGGUACCAGUCUUGUUGUUGUCACUGUUCACAGCUGAUUAGCACAGCACCAUGGGUGCUAAGCAGACCAAAGGCCAGGAGCCUGGAGGAGCCAGCCCUCAGCACAGCUGGAAGCGGACACCCACCAAGGAGCGGGGGGACAUCUUAGCAUCUCUCAUGCUCAAGUCCGGGGACCGGCUAAGUCGUGGUGUGACUCCACCGCCGUACCAGCGCCGUAUUGGCAUGAUCCAGGAGAUGAUGCUGAUGGCCAAACAGGGCAAGCAGGACGAGGCCACCGAGAUGCUCAGGACACUGAGACAGGAUUUGGGCAUGGAGUCAACAUCCCUGGAUGACGUGUUGUACCGCUACGCCAGCUUCAGAAACCUUGUCGACCCCAUCACACAUGACCUGAUUAUCAGCCUAGCACGAUAUGUCCACUGCCCCAAGACGGAGGGCGACUCUCUUGGGGCGAUGGAAAAGGUCUGUCGUCAGCUGACCUAUCAUCUCAGCCCCCACUCACAGUGGAGGAGACAGGGCCUGCUCAAGAGGAAACCUCAGGCCUGCCUGAAGGCGGUGCUGUCAACCCCUCCGUCCAGCGGGGCGUUGGAUCUGUCCGGUAUCCCUCUGGUGGCUCGAGACAUGGAGCGUCUGUGUGCACACCUACAACGCCAUGCGUCCACAGUGGCCAGCAUGGAGCUGGGCUUCACCGAGCUGACGGACGAGGCCUUCCUCCUGCUCCUGCCCACGCUGACCGCCCUGCCACAUCUGGAGACCCUGGCACUGAAUGGAAACAGGCUGACCAGAACUAUUCUGAAGGAGCUCACCGAUGCCCUGAAGGAUCCAGGCAGUUUCCCCAGCGUGACGUGGAUCGACCUGGGCAACAACGUUGACAUCUUCUCCCUGCCACAGCCCUUCCUGUUGAGCCUGAGGAAGCGCUGCCCCAAGCAGGGCAACCUGCCCACCAUCCUGGAGUUUGGAGAGAGUCAGGCCAGCGACCCACCCGAAAGACUAAGGGGCCUCGAGGAAGAGGAGGAGACGGAUGACACGAACCGGACGGAGAGCAUGGGCGAUCUGCGGUCGGAGGUGGAGGAGGAACUGGACGGCGAGAUGGAGAUAGAGGAGAUGAUGGAGGAGCUGCUGGACUUCGACAGGGAGGUGCAGGGAAAGGAGGACGAGGAAGAGAGCAUGUGGACAGUGCAGGAGCAGAGGAAAAUUGGUAGGGGGCGGGGGAGGAGAGAGGUGGAGGAGGGUGGGGAGAAGGAGGUGAAGAGGAGAGCACAGCAGGCGGGGAGGAAGGCUGUGAUGGCGGAGGACGAUGACGACACGCAUAGCCACUCCUCCCGCCUGUCCUACUCCAGCCAGUCGCUGCACUCCUCCGGGGCUGUUGAGCCAAUGAGGGUUGAGGAGGACGAGUUGACCGACCAAUCAGAUCACUUGACCUGAUUGCUGCUCCACACUCUGCUCCUACUUCCCCAUCCUGUAUCAAGUCUGGUGUGGAAGGACACGAGAGAGGGUUCCUGCAGAGGCCAACGGAGUGUGCUCAAAGUCAAACAGGCUGCAGCGGUGGCAGGAUGUGAUCCAAAAUGAACACGCCACUCGAUACUCCCUCCACCCAUCUGAUUUUGGACGAGCUGUUGCUGAACCCUGGUGAUUGUAACAGGAGGAGACAAACUCCAACAGGACAUCAGCUUUAUCCUAACUGUCUGUUGUUUCAUGGGCUGAAAACGCUUAUACCUAGACUAGACUGACUACUUAUAUCACGUGAGGCUUUUAUGUAUAGAAUGAUAAUCUUUAUUCAGGUCCCUCCUCCUGGUAACCCUGGUAAUACCUAAAUGUGCCUGUAACACUUCCCAUAACUGGUAGAGAGAUUUCAAAAAAAAUAUAGAAAUGGAGACUCAUACAAAGUAAUCAGGGGCAAAACUAGUGGAAAUGUUUAAAAUAUGUAACUCCCACAUGCAGCCAGAUGGACAAAAAGAUUGACUGGAUUCAAAAGAAAGGGCAACAAAUUUGUAGAAAUCCGUUGCUACUCAAGAAACGAGCAGAUGCACGGUCCUCUGGUGGAAGACAAGUGCAACGAGGAUGAAAUUAGUCAGCUGAAACCAAAAGAAGUAAGCAGCUUGUAAGACUCAGUGGUCUUACUGCUAUGUGUCCCAAAGUCCUAGGGGGUCCAUCUGAAAUAUUUAGUAGCCUUUCUCCUGAUAAUCUAGGUCAUGUGUCACUCCAUGGUACUGUACACUAAUGUUAAUCACAUUUUUACAAUGCCGUGUCAAAAUAUAGGCCGCUUUAUGUAGUAUGUAGCUCUCACCCAGCUAGUGUUUACCCUCCAUGUGUCACUUUUGGUCCAUGCAAAGCUUUAAGAUCUAACAGUAUUUUUGGAUGUACAGUGCAUAGUACAGUAUAUAGGUGUAUAUACACUGUAUAUUCAGUAUGCAGUCUUUUAGAUUAGCCAUUUCAAGAGGAACACCGCACAAUACAAGGAACCGUAUUUGUUAUUUUUGUGGUCUGGGUUUAGUCAUAUGUGUGUACAUGAGUAAUACUUCAAACCUGGGAAUGAAGCUGAGCCUCACUCUCCAAGGAACCCGUUGGAAGAGGUUGUAUUGAUAUGGAAAGUAGGAUUAUGUUAAGGCAGAGAAUAUUAACUUCCCAUAGAAGCUCAUGCUCAAGCGGUUUAAAAUGUGUGUAAAAAAAGUGCGUAUACAGUUGAUGCUUCUCUGCAGACACCCGUCCCGUGCACUAAUACGCCUCAGCCUGUGCCGCCGUUAACAUGUGUGGCAUUAAAAAGGAAGGCGCCUCUGAGGCUUAGCUGUUGCAUCACAAAUCUUCACCUCAGCUCACUCCACCAUGGAGGCUGGAAUAAUGCCUGAGAACAGGGGGCGUGUGAAAUAACACAAACACUGGGCAGUAUCAUUCAGGGCAAUACAACAAUGCCAAAAACACAAGAGUUCACUACACCUCUUUUACACUCGGUUGUAAUGAAUAUCAUCAAUAAACAGAGCUGUUGAGUUGUUACGUAUUAUAUAAUCAGGUGUUUGUGUAUAUUUAUACAGGGCCCCUCCACUGGUUUUACAUGUGAUGCUCAGUUUUGUGUGAAGUACCUUUCUCCUCCGCCUAUGAAAACAUAUCUAUAACAUUUUCUGUCACCAGAGGAGCUCUCUUAAAUCUGAUAAAGUAACCAUGACGAUGCUAUAAGGAAAGAAAACAAGCCAACGUGUUGUAUGAAGUGUUCCGAUGGGUUCUGCUCCAAAUAGACAGUGUACAUAUUCACUAGUGCUGCAACUCCAUAGUCAAAUAUGUUUGGCUUUGUACUUUGUCUGUAUAAUAUGGAUUCAUAAAUACCCACUAGGGGGCCGUUCAUGCACAGCAGAUCCGUCUUUCCAUCCAUCCGCUAUCUAUAUCGCUUUGAGUGUUGGGGUGGGGGGGGUGAAACUGAUCCCAGCUAACAUGAGGCAAGGGAGGAAGUGCAGGUCACAUUUCAAUAAACCAUCCACACUCACAGUCGCCCUUAUGCGCAAUUUACAGUCUUAAAUUAACCUAAGAUGCAUGUUUGGACUGUGGGAAGAAGAGUAUCCAGAGAAACCCCACGUAGCCACAGGGAGAAUCAUAGAGAAACAAUACAAUUCGAACCCAGUGAGCAACAAUGUCAUCCACUGCACCACCGUGCCAUCCAAUUAUCCACUUUAGCACAACACAAACAGAAGCCAAGACGACUCGAUAAGGGAACCAUAUUGUCGAUGUUGAGCUCAUGCCAGAGAAAAUGACAGCUCUAAAAUGGUAGAUGGUAUAAAAUGUGGACGAACUCCACAAGCUUCUCUUCAGCCAAAGUCGUGGUGAUUCAUAACUGCUGCUAACCUUUCUUCAUGUUACCGCCCCCACUGGUAAUUUGAUGAACUGCUUUUUAUAGAUCAUCAUUGUGGGCAAUGGGAACCAACACCCACAAGAAAAGCCAUUAUGUUAUCACAAACACAGUCUCAGUGACCUUGGAGAGAGAGAGCAUUGUUUACAUAUGGGGUUAUACCCAUAUUUAAUAUCAUUUUGCAGUAUCUCUAUGAAGACAUUUAUCAUUUUGACCUCGGUGACAGAAAUAGUUUUGUAAAACAAUGAAAAGGGAAACAUUUAAAAAGUUCAAACCCAUUGUUUGUGUGUGUGUGUGUGUGUGUGUGUGCGUGCGUGCGUGCGUGCGUGCGUGCGUGCGUGUGUGUGUGUGUGUGUGUGUGUGUGUGCGUGUGUGCGUGUGUGUGCGUGUGUAUGGCGGGUAGGAGGGUUCCUGACCCUCUUCGAUCGUCUGAGCCUUUCUGACAGAUUAUACUGACGCCUUAAAAGUCAGGAAACCUCAGCUCCUGCUGUUCAGGAUCAGGAGAGUUCCCCUUUAAGAAAUGUGUUGCUUAUUUAUGUGAAAUUAAUUAAAACAUGCCAUAUGUUACCCGUCUGUUUAUCAGCUUUACUUUAUUUGUGUAGAGUUGCACAUGUCUUUGUGGAAAGGUUAGGUAAACAUGAUAAGAAUCCAACAUGUGAGUUAUAUGACUUGACAACUGAUUUGUAUAGUAGCUGGACCGAAUGAUGGCCAGACUAUUUUAUUGAAAACCCAUUCUGACAAGAAAAAAUUAUCUAGUUUGUACCUGAUUCAUACAACAUAAAACAUGUAAAUAACAGGCUGUGUUAUAAGAUGUUUAAUUUAAAUACUAACAUCUAAAUGAAGAUAUUUUUUUGAAUUAAUUUAAAUUAAUGACCACAGACUAUGUAGGAAAUCAACUGUGCAUAGCAAAAUACUUUUUUUGGCACAUUUUUAAAUAUUUAUAUAAUCAUUGAAAAUAUAUAUAUUAAAAGUGAUCUAAGCCUACAAGUCCAUGAAAAGCCUGUGCAACAAGGUCUUUUCACCAACCUUGUAUGGUUUGUGUUGGUCAUUGAACGUAUUGUGAUCCUAAUAUGCAGAUGUUCAUUAUGUGUUCUUUACAAGAAGAAUCUUCCCUUUAAUCUGCAGCAGCUUCACACUGAGCUCUGAGCUUGAGCUGUAUUGAGAUGGAUUUUACACACAAGUCAUUACAGCAACCCUUUAAACAGAGAGUAGACGAGCCGGCCUGCUCUAUACAAUCACCGGCAGCAUCACACAUGAUUCAUUUGAGACAAAGGGAGAACAUCCUUGUAAACCACAGUGAUUAUUAGAAUUUGGAGCUAUUGAAAGAACGUAAAAUACUGAUUAAUAAGUAAUGAGUUCAUAUUGUGAUGUAAACGUUUGUAUAUCAUGUAUGGUGGAUCAGCUCGGAUCCCUGGUUUAAUUGAAAGGUUCUCAGGUUCACUGCAGACAGACGGUGUUGGUUAGUGGAGAUGAUAGAGACGUGUACAUGCUUGUUAAUGUGCGGAGAAGAUGCACUUGUCUGCUUUCAUGUUAAGGUCACUGCAAAUCAAAGCAAGGACAUCUCUACUGGAACUAGGCCGAUGUAUGAACACAGACUGGGAUUUUAAUUUUUUGUAACCUUUGAUCCAUCACUUAGUGAUAUGAGGGAUUCGGUGUAGACUGAUCUUACACUGACAUCAAAUUUAACUCCUGUAGAUAUUUUGAUAUGAUUCCACACACGUGUGAAUGACCAUGGUUUAUUAAAAUGAUUUCCUGGGUUUCAACAAGUCAUUUCAUGGAGAUAAAACACUGAUUAAGAAUAAGAACCCAGUAAGAAUCAAGUGUCUGAAGAUGCAAACUGACUUAAACUCUUGGGUUUGAAAAUUUAACAAACAAUCUCCCUCGAUUCACUCUUACUUCUUUCACUGUAACUGUAUUUAUCAUUUGCUCCCAUUGUAGCUGUGUGUCUAUUGUUUGAGUCUCUGCUCGUCACCACACGCAGUGUGACCACUCGCUUCAUAUAUCGCAAUGAGACAUGAGAUCAACAUGUUGUUUAGCUGCACUGACUGAGCAGGAAUGAACUAUGGAUGCUUUUCGUGACUAGAGGAUGCAGAGCUGCCGUGUACGUCUUGCCCUAUGAGUGAUGUAUUGUGAGAUGUAAAAUAGAUUUCGACGGUGUUCCUGUCCGUGGCCUUGGUUGUUUUCUCCCAAUGAGUCUUUCUUAUAUAUAUAUUCUAUAUUCAGUAUACCCCUCAACUACUCUCUAUACAGUACCCUCCUCUGUCGCUCAACUUUCUCUGACAACUCCCAUGGAUCUUUUAUUUUCAAGCCAGCUUACUGAGACAAUACAGCAGAACUAAUGCUCUGUGGAAGUGAUAUAUAGGCCAACAGUAGGUGACAUUGUAAAACCUAACCUUUUCUGUUAUGCCAUGGAUCUUGCCAAUAAAUU